AUGCCUUCGUGUCACACAGACUGCAUUGAAAAACCGGUGUCAAAUUGGUUUCAUAAACUUGGAGGUUUUGUUGGGAGAAAUCCAUGGUGGUUUCUACUUGUCCCUUUGUUCAUCUCUGCGGGGCUUGGGGCAGGAUUUUACUUCCUUGAAGAGAGAGAGGCACAUGGCAUAGAGGACCAGUUUACCCCAAAGGACGGGCCUGCAAAAAAGGAGAGACAUUUUGUCAAAGAACAUUUUCCUCAGAAUGAUUCAGAGUUCUCUCGUUUGCGGCUGUAUACCGAGGGGAGCUAUGGGUCUUUCAUCGCUGUUUCAAAGUCAUCGGAUAUCUUGAGUGAGAAGGCAUUUGAGGAGAUCAUAUAUUUAGAUGGAAGAGUUAGAGAGAUGGGCAUAGGCCAUGAAAGAUUAACUUAUGAAAACCUUUGUGCCAUGAAAAGUAACAUAAUUACAUGUUAGAUGCAAACUUGACCUUUCCUUUUCAUAAUUCAAUGUUUUUGGGGACAGAACUUGGUGGAGUAGUUUUGAAUUCAAGUAUCAUCGUUAGUGCAAAGGCUGUUAGACUCUUCUACUUUCUCAGAGAAAACAACAAGGCAGAAAAUGAUAUUUGGCUACAUGGGUUUACUCAAGUGUUUUCCAACUUGUCAGAUGAAUUGAACAAGGCAAAUUCAGAACUGUCUGGGCAUACUGCCAGGUUUGGUCAAAUACUUUUGUCCAUAUGUAUACAACUAUUGAGUGGCUUUACUUAUUUGAGCCAUAUAUAAUUAGAUUACUUAUAUUCCCUGAAAUAUAAAAAGGAAUGUUUAGUUAAAUACUCUGUUCCUAAACUUAACCCUCUACAGUUUUCACUUAGUCUCACAGUAUUUGCAUUUGUUUUUAUAUCGGCAGAUUCAAGUUUCAUAUUUCACGUCUAAUUCUAGAGAGGAGGAGUUGAAGGGAAACUCAAAAUCUGUGAUUCCUCUCUUCUCCGUCGCAUACUUCCUGGCCAUAAGUUUUUCCAUGAUAUCUUGCUUGAGGUAAUUUGAUGUCUUAUGUGUCAUCUUUUAAAUGAAUCAAAAUCAGCAAAUGUGUGCACCAUGUUAAAACACUAAUUUAAAUUACUAUUUAAUUGAAUAUAUAAUUGCUAUGUGUGAUGUACCGUAUGAAGUAAGAAUAUUUUCAUCUCUAGGUUGGACUGUGUGAGGAACAAGGUGUGGGUGGCCAGCUUUGGUGCUCUGUCUGCAGGCCUAGCAGUGCUGUCCAGUUUCGGGUUGUUGCUGCUCUGUGGAAUGCCCUUUGCCAUGACUGUUGCAACUGCUCCUUUCUUAAUACUUGGUAAAGUUUUUUCUUCAGAUACCUUAGAUGGUUAUCUUAACAACCCAGAACCAAAUCUCACGUGAUUUUAAUGUUUUUGUCUGUCACACGAGACUACUUAGAUGGUAACGCUUUACCUUAAGUUGCCCUUAUACCUGUGUAACUACACAGUAAUAACUGUAUUAACAACAUUGUAUUAACAUGUAGUAACAUUGUAACUAAUAAAGUUUGGCGGUAUUUAUUACAGUGGUAAUUCCCUCUAAUGAUCUUUGUUCUACUGAUGUGUUGUUCCAUAUACUCUAUGUUGAUUGCAGGAAUUGGUGUUGACGACAUGUUCAUCAUGAUUUCCUGCUGGCAGCAGACUCAGGUUCAUGACAACGUAGAGGACCGUAUGGCAGCUACAUACAAAGACGCAGCUAUCUCUAUCACCAUCACAACACUAACUGAUGCCCUGGCCUUCUAUAUUGGUCUGUUAACUCCCUUUGGUUCUGUACAAUCCUUUUGUAUGUAUACUGGCACAGCUGUCCUGUUCUGCUACUUGUACAAUAUUACCUUCUUUGGUGCAUUUCUGGCACUGAAUGGAAGACGUGAAAAGGGCAACAGACACUGGCUGACAUGCAUGAAGGUUCCAGAACCAGAGGAUAGUCCUGAAAAGUACAAUAUCUGCUGUGUAGGAGGGGCAUAUGACCAGGAAACGGGAAAAGAGGAAGUUAUGCCAAUUAACAACUUCUUUAAGAUGUACUAUGGGCCAUUUCUAACAAAUACUUGGACCAAGGUGUUUGUGAUCCUGCUCUAUGCUGGAUAUUUGGGCUCAAGUAUCUAUGGUUGCUUCCAAAUCCAAGAAGGCAUUGACCUUAAAAACCUAGCAGCCAAUAGCUCAUAUGUGGGUAGCUAUUAUGAUAAUGAGGACCAGUACUUUUCACAGUAUGGUCCAAAUGUAAUGGUUGUUGUGACUGACAGUGAGUUUCAAUAUUGGAACGAAAGUUUUCGGAAUAGUCUUGACUCCUGUCUUCAAAACUUUGGAGGUCUAUCAAUGGUUUCUCAAAAUAUGAUCAUAUCUUGGCUCGAUGAAUAUCUUAAAUUUGGAAAGAUGGCCAAUUUGAGUCUGUGA